UACAAGUUUUUGUAUUCCAAUAUUUCAAAUAACAGUUCUUCCAUUGCUCCUACUUCAUGGCUGAUAGGUACCCCAAAUUUUCUUGCCAUAGCUGCAAUCGUGUUAAAUCGCUUCACCGGUGUUUCUUAUCCAACCGUAUGAGUUUAUCAAGCAGAGCGUUGUCUCUUCCUUGACUUUACUUUGACGGAGAAGCCCUCGAUUGGAAGCAUUUCACAGAUAAAUUGGCUUUCCAUUAACGCAGACAAACUGUAACGGAACUUGGAGUGUCUCCCAUUACUGAUUUAUCGCUACAAAUGGAUGAGAAAUUCUCUUGUAUGCGUCGCCACCUGGAUAACAUUCAAAAUACACUAUCGGCUUGCUUCUGUAAAGUUCUCUGAUGCUCAAGCACGUCCAGAUUUGACUCCGUCUUUGGCCAGUAAGUGUGACAUAGAGGAGGUCGUCGAACAGGAAAUUAUUCUUGCUUUGAAUGAGGACAACUUAAACACUAUAGAGAAUUCUGAGGUCCCUCUUAUGAUGUUAGAACCUCAAGUGGCCAAAUCAAAGACAUUGUGUCCCAUCUUGGACUCCCAAAAUUACUUGAAGGACGACCAAGCAGCUAUGCCUGCAAGGUGUUCGCUGAAAUACACAAUAAGAAAAUUAACAUGGAAGUCGAUCAUCAAGUGAUAAAUGAUUCAGAAAAUCAUGCAUCCCAUGUGUUUGAUGAAAUGUUUCAAAUAGUUUCUGAAGUUAAAGGAGGAUACAGUCACCUUAUCAUGUUUGAAAAUAAUAUCCUUGUACUACCUUGUUUGCUUUCGGCUUGUAGUCAUGCGCCGAAUUUAUGGGAGGAUCUAUAUUUGAUUACUUCAUGGAAUUCGAUCAUGCUAAACCCCCAUUAUCUUUGUAUCGAUUUCCACCUGAUCAAUAAGGGCCAACUAUCCGUUUGAUCGCGGUUCUAGUUUGCUUACCAUAUUUCUUGGCGCUGCAAGAUAUUAUUCACUCAUGGUUGUGGAUGAUUUCAAAGAGAUCAUUAGGAUUUUCACGUCAUAUUGUCUCCACGUGCAAUGCUCACUGUAUUUUGCCUCAAUUCCCAUUUGAUCCCCAUCCAAAUCUAUUCAUUAUAACCCCUGGUGGGUGCCUCCAAGUUUCUACAUUGCAACCUGAUCAGGCAUAUGAUUGGGAUCCUGCAAUAUGUUCCAAGUCUAUGGCUCGAAUAGAGUUGACAACAAGCGAAAGUGUAUUCCCUUGGAGAAAGACACUCCUUGUUUUGCUCUUUGCAUUGCCUAAUGAACAUAAGGUGCAUCACUUGGAUAUGAAUGUUCUAAAAUUAUGUGUGCUGAAGGUUAUAGCAGCUCGACUUGGAAGCUAUUUGAUAGACAACUAUUUAAAUGGCAUGUCAAAAUCAAGCCGCAACGUCUUAUAUCACUAAGGUUUGGCCCACUGUGCUGCGCAUGUGCAAUUUCUUCUGGUUAUUCAGUCUCUAGAGUGGUCAUGUCAGAGGCAGAACUUGAUAAUUUUAUAAGACACUGUUUCAAUUUUCUUUUGUUGACUGUAGUAAAGAGAUUGUUUCAACAACUAGACUUCACAAUGCUCACGACGUGUUCGUCUGACAAAUUUGAAUUGCUUAAUGAUUAUUGGACUGAAUAUUUUCCAAUGCCAACCACUGACGUCUUUGAUGAUGAACUAGUCAUCGCUCUAUAUCAUGAUGUUCUAGAUGUUGCUGGACAAGUUCACAUAGAAGGAAGUGCACAAAUCCUUCAUGGGACAAACAUCCUGGACUGCAUUUUCAGUCUGCCCAAAUUGGUGGUUGCGAGUAAUUACACUAGGAGUGUGGAUACACCAUUGGGGUCUCAACAUGAGGAGACUAAUUCAAGAAAUCGUGUAGCUUGGGUCUUUGACAAAUCUCUUCGUAGGGAUAAAAUUAGUAGGGAUUACACAUAUCACAUACUGUUAAGAGCUAAUUACAUCAUAUGCCUAUUCUUUUUCAAAUUAUAAAAAUCCCUUAAAUUUGGUGAAAUCUGGAUACAUCAGGUAUAUAUCCGACAGUGAUGUAUCUAACGUCUUUAUACAUCAUAUAAAGUGAUGUAUCCGACCGAUACAUCGCAUAUAGUGAUAUAUCAGAAAAUAGGAGAGAGCAGGGAUUUUUGUAAUUUUAUCAAAUGGUAGGAAAUUUUAGAAAAUACGGUAAAUAAGUUGUUCAUUUAGACUAUUUUUCCAUAAAAUUAUCUUUCUGGUUCCUUUAGCUAACAAAGAGUACAUAGUAACAAAAGGCUAUAUUGACA